AUGCACUCUUUGGAACUAGACAAAUUGAAAAUUGAAUUGAAAACAUGGGAACACGGAUUCAUCGAUAAAUAUAGCAGGGAGCCAACAGGGGAUGACAUCAAGAAUCUGCGAAAUGUCAAGCAGAUGUAUAGGCAAUAUUCCAUAUUAAAGAAGAAACAAUCGUUGCAACAACAGAAAAUUCUUGAGCAAGAAUCGAUUGAAAUUCCAGUUUAUACCGGGAACCAGGACGAAAUCACGGAGAUAGGACCUACUCCUCAAGUUCAUGGUAAGGCGAUUAGUAUCUUUGAGAUGAACGUAUCACCUAUAAAGCCCAUAUACAUGACUUUUGCAAAUAAUAUCGAUAUCAACGAUGACCUUUCUAAAACGAUAUCUAACCAGCCUUCCCCACAGAAGACCAUAUCUCAAGAAUCAUCGCCUGCAAAUCGAACACUGGUGCCAGAAUCAGUAUCUAACGUGAAACGUCAGCUGGACUUUCAAGUGCUGAAGGUACCAUCUUCUCGUACUCCUACUUCAUCGCCAUGUAAGAGAAAAGGGGAACUAUCACUGGAAAGCAAGAAAUGCACUCCUACAUUGGCAAUAGUCAGGCCCUUAGUAGAAUCAAACGAGUCUUCGAGUUAUUAUGGUCCUAAUUCACCGUUGAAACUGGAAGAAGAGAACAUUCACUUGAAUAUUUCAUUAAGUUCAAACACUAAACGCCGACUUCAAAUGGUAUAUCCCUCUUUACAAAAAACACCCUCCAAGAAUGAUCACGUAGAUAUUUCAAAUUCAUUCAGCCCGUCGCCUCUGAUUAGAAGGCCUCUAACAAAAUCUCUGAUAGAAUUGGCCAAGGAGCAUACUGAAAUUGUCAAAGAAUUCGGCAUCUUGGAGAAAGAGGAUAGAGAAGGAGAAGGAGAAGAAAUUGACGACAAUAGCCAUGGUCAGGUAGAUGAUGAGGACGAAAGUAAGCUGGAAGAUGGGAUAGUAAGAUCAAGGGUAGUAAAGGACAUAUUUCAAGAGGAUGACAAUAAAGUCAAUCAAGCAAAGGAGAGUACUUUCAUAAGAAAAAGACCCAAGAGAAGAAAGGUCAUUAGAAGGCUACGGGAUGAGAAUCCAGAUACUGAAAAUUCGGUUGCAACGAAAGACGUUCAUAAGGAACUAAUGAAACUGAAAAGAAGAAAAGUGGCUGAAUUCUUGGGAUCCACUUCACAGUUGUCCGACACUGAGUCUGAAGAUGCUGGUGAGACAGCAAUUAGUAACUCAACCCCAGAGCAAAAGCCUGCUGCUAAGCGUAAGGGUAGAAAGAAGUACAACCUUGUAAGUAAUAAUUUCAGAAGGCUGAAACUACCAAAAAAAAACCGCUUCCCAAACAGACGUUGGGGCAGAAGAUAA